GCGGCGCGAGGCCGGCGGGCCGGCAGGGAGAGGCGGGGGGCGCGGGGCAGCCCCGCCUUUCCCCCGAGGAGCCGCCGGGCGGCCAUAUUGCGGAGCUGUCUGCGGUGGCGGCAGCGUCUCUUCUCUUCGGCGGCCCGGCGCUCGCACUACCGCCUCGCUCUCCCUACCGCAGCCGUGACACCCGGCGCCGCCUCGCAGGGUCCCAGCCGCACGCCAGGCGGGAAGGAGUUGCUCGCUGUCGGAAGGCGACAACAGAAUUCAUAGAAGUAAAGAAUUUUUAAAGACGGUAACAAAUAGAGAAGAAAAAUGCCGAAACCAAUCAAUGUAAGAGUAACUACAAUGGAUGCUGAGCUGGAAUUUGCUAUUCAGCCCAAUACAACAGGCAAACAACUUUUUGACCAGGUGGUGAAAACAGUUGGUUUGCGUGAGGUCUGGUUUUUUGGGCUGCAGUAUGUGGACAGCAAAGGUUAUUCUACUUGGCUUAAAUUAAACAAAAAGGUGACACAGCAAGAUGUAAAAAAAGAGAAUCCUUUACAGUUCAAGUUUAGAGCUAAAUUUUUUCCUGAAGAUGUUUCUGAGGAAUUAAUUCAAGAAAUAACUCAGAGACUUUUCUUCUUGCAAGUUAAAGAAGCCAUCUUAAAUGAUGAUAUAUAUUGCCCACCAGAAACUGCAGUUCUUUUGGCUUCCUAUGCUGUACAAGCCAAAUAUGGAGAUUAUAAUAAAGAGAUUCAUAAACCAGGCUACUUGACUAAUGAUAGACUCCUACCCCAACGUGUUUUGGAACAACACAAACUGACAAAAGAACAAUGGGAAGAAAGAAUACAGAACUGGCAUGAAGAACAUAGAGGAAUGCUAAGGGAAGAUUCUAUGAUGGAAUACCUGAAGAUUGCACAAGAUCUAGAAAUGUAUGGAGUCAACUAUUUUGAAAUAAAAAAUAAAAAGGGAACUGAAUUGUGGUUAGGUGUUGAUGCUUUGGGUCUGAAUAUUUAUGAGCAUGAUGACAAGUUAACACCUAAAAUUGGUUUUCCCUGGAGUGAAAUCAGAAAUAUUUCAUUUAAUGACAAAAAAUUUGUUAUAAAGCCAAUCGACAAAAAGGCACCUGAUUUUGUUUUUUAUGCUCCUCGUCUGAGAAUCAAUAAGCGGAUUUUGGCUUUAUGUAUGGGAAACCAUGAACUAUACAUGCGAAGACGGAAGCCUGAUACUAUUGAAGUACAACAGAUGAAAGCUCAGGCUAGGGAGGAGAAACAUCAGAAGCAGUUGGAAAGGGCACAAUUAGAAAAUGAAAAGAAGAAAAGAGAAAUAGCAGAAAAGGAAAAGGAAAGAAUAGAACGUGAAAAGGAAGAAUUAAUGGAACGUCUGAGGCAAAUUGAAGAACAGACAAUGAAGGCCCAGAAAGAACUAGAAGAACAGACUCGCAAAGCUCUUGAGCUAGACCAGGAACGGAAACGAGCAAAAGAAGAAGCAGAAAGGCUUGAAAAGGAGCGUCAAGCUGCUGAAGAGGCGAAGUCUGCUAUAGCAAAACAGGCUGCUGAUCAGAUGAAGAAUCAGGAACAGCUGGCAGCAGAACUUGCUGAAUUCACUGCCAAAAUUGCACUUCUAGAAGAAGCUAAGAAGAAAAAGGAAGAAGAAGCUACCGAAUGGCAACACAAAGCUUUUGCAGCCCAGGAGGACUUGGAAAAGACCAAAGAAGAGCUAAAAACUGUGAUGUCUGCCCCCCCUCCCCCUCCGCCACCACCAGUCAUUCCUCCAACAGAAAAUGAGCAUGAUGAACAUGAUGAGAAUAAUGCUCAGGCUAGCGCUGAAUUAUCAAAUGAAGGUGUAAUGAACCAUAGAAGUGAGGAAGAACGUGUAACAGAAACACAGAAAAAUGAGCGUGUUAAGAAGCAACUCCAGGCAUUAAGUUCAGAAUUGGCCCAAGCCAGAGAUGAAACCAAGAAAACACAAAACGAUGUUCUUCAUGCUGAGAAUGUUAAAGCAGGCCGUGAUAAGUACAAGACUCUGCGACAGAUUCGACAAGGCAAUACAAAGCAGCGUAUUGAUGAGUUUGAAGCAAUGUGAGAGCUGUUAUUUUGCAUACAUGUUCUUCAUAAGCUGAACCACCAACAGAGAAAAGCAGGCCUUUGCAGAUGUGACGGAAUGCAUCCCACCUUGCCAAAGCACUUAUACCAGUUUGACUAUGGUAGCUAAAAGACACAUUUAAGGAGAGCCCUUCAACAUUAAGGCAGCAUGAUGUCAUGCUUCGUUUUCUAUUUCUUUUGGUCCAGGGAAUGGAGAACAGUGUUCCAUCACUUCCUUUCACAUUUUCCAUUUUCCAUUUUUUUUUUUCUGUUGAAGAUUAACACUAUCAUGUCUGACGAAUAUGUAUGUGUGGUUUGAGCACUUUGAACAUUUUAAAGGAUAAUGGUGACUUAGUGUUUAGACAGAGCAUUGUGUUUCCCUUGCCCUUCUGAUAUUCUACCUGCAUAUAUUUCCACAUUCUCUCUCAUUCAUAAAUUCUCAGUGUGCCCUUCUCAUAUCCUGCCAUGCCCGCAGUCACAAUUUGGCUUUCAGACAGAUCAUUGGCACUGUUUAAAAUGAGGGUAGGCAAGGUGGGCAGUCUUUGAUCACUGUGUAGAAGCUGGCUGUGAAUCAUGAAAAGGAUUAGAACAUUUUUAUAGUGUAGUGUGCAGUUGGUGGUUAAUUUUUUUAAAUCCCAAUUUAAUUAUGUUAUUGGAAAUUUGAUAUUGCUUACUUAAUUACAGUCAUCUUUGACAGAUGAAUUGCCUGGUAUUUCAUCUUUGCAGUCCUUUGAUGAUUUUCUUUGCCUCCCAAUUCACAAAGGUGUAGACAGCACGUAGUAGUUCCAUAGAAUUCAUUGAUGAAACACUACCUGCAAAUAACAGUUGAUCUGAAAGAUCUGAAUAGUACUGCUCUUUCAUAGAUUGAUUCAGAAAUAGAUGUUUUAAUAAAAGAAAAUGUACACUUGUUGGUGAUUGAUUUUAAUCAUUAAGUAAAACCUGGACCUUUCUGGAAGGGCAGCACAUGAAAACAUUGGUCCCAAGAAGGGACAGUAAAACUACCUCACUACUACACCUGCGAUAACUGGUUGUUCAAACGUAAUGGAGAGUGUAAGCUAUAUGUUUUAUAAUACAUACUAAUACUUUCUGUCAUGAAGGAAUAUUUUUGAAAUUUCAUUUUCCUUCAGAGUAUCUUAAGCGUGCUAAAUUUUUUAACUGCCUUUUUGUUGAGUUGAAUUGUGGGACUCUGUUUUGUAUGAAAACUGUAAGUUCUCACUGGUAUACUGUCUUCCUGGAGGGGUGUUUUAUGUCUGAGAAAGUAUGUGUGUGUGUCACGUGUGUGUGUGUGUGUUUGCAUGUAUGAAAGAGAAUGAAAAAGAGAUGUUGCCCUUGUACCAUAUGAAGAAUGUCUGUACCGUCAUUUCUUUAUAUAAUUACAUACUCAUUUUAGCAUAUUUGGUUUCCAAUCAUUGUGUUAAUUUUUAUCAGUCUCUAAGAAUACUUAAAUUUGGUUUGUUAAGCCUAUUUUAGAACUUUAUAAUUUUAGUUUAUAUUAAUUUCAAUUACAUCUUACCGAAGAAAUCUUUCCAGUUAACUUGUUCUAACAUUUUCUUUAUUGUUAAACAGUUAGAUUUGAAGAUAGGGAGAGCCUUGUUUUCUCUGUGUGGUUCAGCUAUUUUCCAUUUGGUAUUAUGCAUUCAAAUUUACAUUUAUCUAUUAAAAUUGCCAUUUUAUUGAACAUUUUUCAUGCACAGCAGAUUCAAAUUAUGUCUGAAAAUAUCUCUUGUGCUGUUUUGAUUUUGCUGACUUUAAAGGAUUAAUCUGGGCAGACAUUAGGAAAAGGACAGGUUGUGUUUAAUAUAUUUUUUGGACUUGGUAGGACAAAAGGUAACUGGUAACUCUUGAAAUGACUGUUGUACAGUGGUUGUGCACAUGUUUCAAAACUCUCUGGAUGACAGUGUUUCUACUUGCAGCACAUCAGAUGGUGAGCCCUACAAUUAAUGUUUUUUAAGACAUAAGUGUUCACUUUUCCAAAGCUUUAAAGCAGUUGCCAUUAUAGAUGAAAAUCUGGUGUCCACUGGAUUUGCAUUAAUUUUACUCAUUUUGAAUUGUGUGUACUACCAUUGCUAUAUCAGUUUGAUAUCAGUGUUGAAAACCUUCCAGUUAUAUUUGCUGUUUAUAAUCUAUUUGUAGAUUAGGAUUAAAAUGGAUUUAAUCCAUUCUUAAAGCUGUGUGAAUUUUUCUAAACAGGAACAACCAUUUGUAAUAUGGGUUUUAAUAGUGAUUAAACCAAUUACAACUUCUGUCAUUAGGAGUUGAGAGCACAUGUUCAUAUAGUAAUGUAAAAAUAUAUUAAUGAGAUGUGGUAAAUUCCAGCAGGCUUUUACCAUUAGCAUAAUUUUGUGUUGUACAAUUAAGUUACGAUUACAUCUACAAUUUUGGAUAACAUUCAUUGGUUAACAAUAAAGUGACAAAAGCACA